AUGAAGUUCAGCAUCGCCACCGUCGCUGCCUUCGCGGCUACCCAAGCCGACCUGGCCGCCGCCCACUCCUACAUCUACGGCGUUUUCCUCAACGGCGUAGACCAGGGCUCCUUCAACGGCGAUGUUACCAGCCCCGACAUCCGGUGCAACGUGCUCGGCGACCGCCCUGCUCCGUACACUAUUGAUGUCGUGCCCGGCGAUACCCUCACCCUCGACUGGCACCACGACGAGAGGACGGACAAGGACGAUGUCAUUGACAAGUCGCACCACGGCCCCGCGCUGGCCUACCUCUCCCCCGACCCGCCCACCGAGAACUCCUUUGUCAAGAUCUGGCACAAGGGCAAGUUCGAGGAGGCCAGCGAACCCCUGGGCGAGGGCAAGUGGGCCAUCACCUCGGAGAUCAAGCCCAACCACGGCCUGAUGAACGUCCGCAUCCCCGCCGACCUCCAGCCCGGACCUUACUUGCUCCGCGCCGAGAUGAUUGCUCUGCACGAGGCCGACGCCAAGUUCACCGAAAACCCCAUCCGCGGCGCCCAGUUCUAUCCCAACUGCGUCCAGCUCAUGGUCGGCGGCAACGGCACCGUCGUUCUCCCCGAGGGCGUGUCCUUCCCCGGCGCCUACAGCUUCGACGACCCCGGUGUGCACCACGACGUCUACUGCUCCACCAAGACCACCACCACCGUCCCCUGCACGACCGAAUACAUCAUCCCCGGCCCCACCGUCUGGUCCGGCGCCUGGGAAGAGACCACCGACGUCGAGGUCGGCCCCACCACCGGCGCCACCCGCAUCACCGCCUGGUCCUCCUGGGUCCAGGGCGGCGUCGAGACCUCGGGCGUUCUCGAGGGCGAGACCGUCAAGGUGGAGGGCUCUGCGCCUUACGUGCCUAGCUGGCCGACGACCUACGAGGCGCCCCAGCCUACGAGCUAG